GAAAAAAACUUUAUCAUGGAUAGGCCUCCGUCUGGGGCCAUUUUGUCCCACCUCACUUUCCGUAGUUUCCGCAAAACAAAGAUGGCGGUUUCCUCUGUAAGUAGCUCUGUUGCAGGGCUUUCUAAAGCGGAGUAUUUAAAACGUUAUUUGUCCGCGGAUGAAGACGGAAAGAAGGCAAAAGGGAAAAUUAAGAAGAAACGACCGAAGGUUGUCAAGAAAGGAUUCAAAAUCGUUGACGAUGAUGUAGAUUGGAGACAGACAGUUGAAGAAGAGAAGGCGGUUGAAGAGGAAGAAGACGAGGCUCCAGUGAUUGCUGAAGUGAUUGAUGAACGACCAGAUGAUGUCAUUCAGUUGGAAAACUUUAGAACCAGCAACAAGUGGAAAAUCAUAGGAGUUGAUGAAGACGAAGAUGGAGGAAAUGAUUCAACAGAGCUGUCACCAAGGAAACAUAAACAAAAGACCCGCCAUGGCUCUACAGAAACAUCGCCACCCAAAAGGGCUCGCCAUGAUUCUCCUGAUGUGUCCCCACCCAGGAAACUUCGUCAUGAUUCUCCUGAUGUAUCGCCUCCUAGAAGAGGUCGCCAUGAUUCUCCCGAUUUGUCCCCUCCAAAAAGAGUUCGCCAUGAUUCUCCAGACAUUUCGCCUCCCAGAAAAGCACGCCAUGAUUCUCCAGACAUGUCCCCUCCAAGAAAAUCCCACCGUGAUUCUCCUGAUUUGUCUCCUCAUAGAAGAGGUCGGCACGACUCUCCAGAUUUGUCACCUCCACGGCAACGUUCAAGGAAAUCUGGGAAAACACAAAGUAAAGAUUCAUCUCCCACAAGAAGGAAACACAAAAGGCCAGUGGAGAGAGAAGAUUACGAUCAAUCUCCAAAAAGGUCUUCAAAAAUGAGACAUGGCUCUGACUCUGACCAGUCUCCUCCCAGGAGGCGACCACAAACUGGAAAGAACUCUGAUGGUGAUCUUUCUCCACCUCGUAGACCUGGCCAAUCACAUGGACAUAGAAUGCUUUCUGGUGGAAAGGCAGGUCUUGUUUCUGUGGAUGUUUUAAGAAAAGAGAAGGAAGAGAACCGACAAAGAGAGAAAAACAACAAACCGCUUGAAGAGGAAUCCCGAAAUGCCCACACCGUGUUUCGAGACAAGAGUGGUAAAAGAAGAAAUUUGGACUUGGAGAGAGAAGAACAGCAGAGAAAGGCUGGAGAAAAAGCAGCGAAGGAUGAGAAAUAUGCUCAGUGGGGUAAAGGGUUGGCCCAGGGUGAGAUGCACCAGCAGAAACUUGAGUAUGCUCUACAAGAAUCCCAGAAGCCGCUGGCUCGUCACUACGAUGACGAGGACCUGGACCGUUUGUUGAGAGAGCAGGAAAGAGAAGGAGAUCCGAUGGCAGCGAUGCUGAGACGGAAGAAGAAUCGCACCACAAAGACAGAUGAUAAACCUCGGUACAAAGGCCCACAGCCACCACCAAAUCGCUUCAAUAUUCAACCAGGAUACCGCUGGGAUGGAGUUGACAGGUCAAAUGGAUUUGAGCAGAAAUACUUUAAGCGGUUGGCAGAUAAAAAAGCAGGUCAAGAGGAAGCCUACAAGUGGAGUGUGGAGGACAUGUGAGCUGAAGUCCAGGACUGCUGAACUUUUAUUUGACUAAUUCCAAGGACAAGCGGACAUUUGAGAAAAUUAAGUAAGAUCCUCAACUUUAGUCAUGAAAAGACAAAAUGAUAAAGAAAAAAUUAGAAACCUGUCAUUGGACGCUAUGCUUCCACCAUUUAAUUUGUUCCUCUAACUAAAAUCAUUGAAGCCACAUUUUUUGGUCAAACAAAGUAGAUGGCUGAGGUAAGGCAGCGAUGAGCUGAACCUGAUCUCAGGGAAAACAGUCUCUCAAUAUUUGGUUUUAGAUCAUGCCUUUUUGUAUAUGAUUUAUAUUUUCAGAUAGUUUGAUUGAGGUAGUACUUGUACAUACAGUAAGUCUUUUACAUACUUAAAAUUGAUCUAAUUCAAAACAAAUUAUUUGGCGAUGCAACGAGAACCUCUGUCACACUGAGCAGGGUGCCUUUGAGCCUCUGCAACACGUUUUUCAUGUUUUAUACACACAAAUAUAUAAUAUCAUCCAAAGUCAUAGGUUCACCCAAAGUAUAGGAGACUGCAAAUAUGUUUUAAUAUUGACUAUCAGAAAAUAAAACCAUAGUUUUAUCUUCUUCUUUUUUUUUUUUUUUACAAAUGAUUUUCUAUUGGAUUCUGAUACAUUUGUAACCAGGGGUAUUAUUAUUAGUCUUUAAGAAUAUGCUGAUUGUAAAUUUGUGGAAUUUGCUGGGUGUAACAGAGCGCUUUAUUUGUUAAAAUAAAAUAACAAAAAAACAACAACAACCUCUGCAAACCAUUUUGAUAAUUUGGGGAAAAUUUAUUACAUGACAAAAGACCUAAGACCUAGAAAGACCUGUACAGAACAGUAAAAGACUGUUAUAAACAUUGAGAUUUGUCAAUAGAUGUUUGUACUGUUUUAAUAAAUAAUGGUUUUGUAAA